AUGGAAGAAGGUAAUGAACAUACAAGAAAAAGCAAGCGCAAAAAGUCUAUUAAUCUUCGAAAGCUGCUUAUUGGUGAAGAAGUUGAGGUAAGGAAUGUUGAAGAUGGAUUUUUAGGCUCUUGGAAUAGUGGAAGAGUAAUUUCUUAUGAAUUUCAAGCAAGAAGAAUAGAAUAUGACCAUAUUAUGUGUGACGAUGAUUCCACAAAGAAAUUGAUUGAGCGUGUGAAAGUUACUCCAGCUAUCGAAGGAAGUUGUUUUGCUCUACGAUCUUCAAACAACUAUAGAGGUUUGAUAAGGCCAUUGCCUCCUCAUUUUGAUUUUGAUUUGUGGAAGUUACAAUAUGGACAAUGUGUUGAUGUUUAUUACAUGGAUGCAUAUUGGGAAGGUGUGAUAUUCGAUCACAAUGAUGGUUUAGAAGAGCGAUUAAUAAUAUUUCCAGAUAUCGGUGAUGAAAUGUUGAUGAGAAUUUCCAAUAUACGAAUAUCUCAGGAUUGGGAUGAGACUAGUGGGGAUUGGAAACCACGCGAAAAAUGGUUAUUUCUUGAGUUAGUUAAGGAAUUCAGUAAAGAAUGGCCUUUACAUGUUUCAUUGAAGGAAAUAUGGUAUGGAGUUCGAGCGAAAAAGAGAUUUAUGAAUCUUAAGGAAUGGACAUCGACUAUGAGGGAUACUUGGAAAGAAGUAAUGUUGGAAGUUAUUCAUGAUUAUCAAUCCCUUGCUUUGAAACAUGUCCUCCAGAUACUCGAUAAUGAUCUCCCAUUAGAAAUUCAAUCGAAGUCUAAAGCACUUGCAUUAGUAAGUUGUGACGGUUCAAAUCAUUCUAUAGAAAGAAAAGAUAACAUAUGGUCUAUUGCAGGAGCUGACAUUGUUCCAUUUCAUCGGUAUGACUUGGAUGCAGUGUAUAAAUACUGUCAAUUAUCUAGUAAAGGUAGAGGAAACCACUCGGGCGAUUUAAAAGUUAGAGUUAGACAACAUUUAGCUUCACUUGGAUGGAAGAUCGAGUUUCUAAGAGAUGGAGGAAAAAGCGUGAAUAAAAUGCGUUAUACUUCCCCCGAAGGGGAAGUUUUCAUGUCACUUGUUCUUGUUUGUAAGACUCUGCUUCGACCCGUAUCAAAAAAAGGUGUGAUUAAUGAAGAAGUCAUUUAUGAACCUGAAUAUAAUCAUGAAGCAUUGUUGGAGUAUGUUUCUAUUGGAGCUCAACAUAAGAAAGGUGAUCAUUCUUGGUAUAGAAAAUCUAAUGUUAAAGAUAUUCAAUUGAAAGUUCGAAAGCAUUUAUCUUUUCUUGGAUGGAAAUUCUCGUAUUUUAUUAAAGGAGGCAAAAGAGAAUUGCGAUAUUGCUCACCCAAAGGGAGGAUAUAUAUUUCCCUUAUAGCAAUAUGCAAGGAAUGUAUGAAUGAAGGAAGAAGCUUUUCUAAGGUUAGUCCUUCUAACAUGUUGUGUAUAAAUGAGGAAACUACACAAUCUUCACAAUCGAUAAAGUCAUUAGAAGAAAAUGAUUCUAGACAUUUGAUUAGUAAAAGGGUUAGACACGAAAAUCCCACCACUUCUUCAUGUUCGAAUCCUCAAACUAUAUUGUCUUGGUUAAUAGACAAUAAUGUGGUGUUGCCUAUGACUAAAGUGUAUUAUAUUUCGAGAAAGGAUCAAAGUCAGUUAGCUGAAGGAAGGAUUACACGAGAGGGAAUAAAUUGUGUUUGUUGUGCACAAGUUUUUACGCUAACUAAAUUUGAGGCUCACGCUGGCAGCACUAGUCAUAGGCCUGCUGCCAAUAUAUUUCUAGACGAUGGAAGAUCUAUUUUAAAGUGUCAAUCACAAUUGAGAAAACGCAAUAAAAUAAAGAGUUUGAUGACAAAAUCUGAAGAGACAAGGGAUGAUAUUUCAAGUGAUAAUAUAAAUGAUUAUAUAUGCUCUAAAUGUCACAUUGGUGGUGAGUUAAUUUUGUGCGAUAAAUGUCCAUCCUCGUAUCAUAUCAGUUGCCUUGGUCUUAAGGAUGUUCCUGAUGGCGACUGGUUUUGUCCAUCAUGUUGUUGUGGAUUUUGCGGGAAAAUCAAGUUUUUAGAAGAUGCUAAUGAAGUGAAAAAUGAUAGUUUUCUCUCUUGUGAUCAAUGCCAACAUAAGUGUAUGAUAUCUAACCUUAACAAGAGACUAUUUAUAUUGUAUUUAUCAAUGUAUCAUAUGGAGUGCUUGAAGGAAAUGGUUGGUGUAAAUCCUGGAAAUGUCCCAAUGAAAAGUUGUUUUUGCAGUAAAAGAUGUGAAGAGAUAUUUUCGGAACUUGAAUCACGUUUGGGAAAAUGUAUUCCAGUCGGUGAAAAUUUAACAUGGACAUUAUGGAAAGGUGUUUGUUCUAAUGAUGGUCCUGAUGAUAAGGAAGUUGAGAGUUACAGCAAGUUGAAUGUUGCACUUAAUGUGAUGCAUGAGUGUUUUGAGCCCGUCAAAGACUCUGGAACUAGAAGAGAUAUUGUUGAAGAUGUCAUUUUCUGUCGAAGAUCUGAGUUGAAUCGAUUGAACUUCGAAGGAUUCUUUACAGUGAUUUUGGAAAAAGACGAUGAAUUAGUUUCAGUUGCUAACAUUAGGAUUCAUGGAGAGAAAGUUGCAGAAAUGCCCCUUGUAGCCACAAGAUUUCAGUAUCGCAGAUCAGGAAUGUGUCGCAUCUUAAUUAAUGAACUUGAAAAGAUGUUAAUAAAAUUAGGUAUACAAAGAAUUGUAUUACCCGCAGUUUCAAGUGUAGUCAACACCUGGAAAAACGCAUUUGGAUUUUCUGAAAUGACAAAAUGGGAAAAGUUAAUGUUCUUGAAUCACACCUUUCUAGAUUUCCAAGGCACUAUCAUGUGUCAAAAGAUGUUGCGAAAUGAGUCCUUGCUCCAAAUACAAUUGUUCCCCACAUCAGAAAACGAGAUAGAAGCUUACAAAGUAAUCUCUGAAAGCAAUGAGAAUGAAUUGAUUAAUGUUUCUAAAAUGGAUGGCAGUAAAGGCGUUUCUCACCAAGAUGUAUUUAGUAAGGAUGUCUCAGUUGUUGCAAAUGCAGAAUUGGGGGUGCACAAGUAUCAAUUUGAUGGUUUCGUCAAGUUUUACAAACGAAGAUGUAAGUUUGGUGAUCCGAAGGCCACACGAGUUUUUCAAAAACAAGUUGAUCCUCAAACCAUCCCUAGUCUUGCGCAGGGACAUUGGAACCGGCCUUCUACAGUUCUACCCUGUCGAUCUCCUAUCAUCGUAUCCGUUGAGAGAAAGAGACGAUCAUCCGCUUAA